UUCCAGGAGACUGGACCCCAAGGAGCCCCCGGGUAGCCAGAGAGCAGCUUCCCCAACCCCGAAGCAGGCUUCUGCUACUGCUCCCGGUCGCGAGAGCCCCCGGGAGACAAGGGCGCAGGGCCCAGCAGGCCAGGAGGCUGAUGGCCCCCGCAGGACGCUGCAGGUAGACAGCAGGACGCAGAGAUCAGGGCGGUCCCCCUCUGUGUCACCGGACAGAGGCAGCACCCCCACAUCACCCUACUCCGUCCCCCAGAUCGCCCCCCUUCCCAGCAGCACGCUGUGUCCCAUAUGUAAGACCUCGGACCUCACGUCGACCCCCAGCCAGCCAAACUUCAACACCUGCACCCAGUGUCACAACAAGGUCUGCAACCAGUGUGGGUUCAACCCCAACCCUCACCUCACCCAGGUGAAGGAGUGGCUCUGUCUGAACUGCCAGAUGCAGAGGGCUCUGGGGAUGGACAUGACCACCGCGCCUCGCUCCAAGAGCCAGCAGCAGCUGCACUCCCCAGCCCUGUCUCCUGCCCAGUCCCCAGCCAAACAGCCCCUGGGGAAGCCGGAGCCAGAGAGAUCGCAGGGCCCAGGGGCACCACAGCCCGGCCCCUGCCAGGCUGAGACAGCCAGGGCCACCACAGUGCCGGGGCCUGCCCAAGCAGCUGCCCCUCCGGAGAUGGGGAGAGCGUCUCCUCAGCCCCUUCUCCCUGUCAAGCCUUCCACAGCGGAGCCCAGGCCACCUGCAGGAGAGGCCCUGGCCAAAAGUGCUACCACGGUGCCCUCGGGGCCUGGUGCUGCUGAGCAGACCCAGGAGGGCCUCACCGGGAAGCUCUUUGGCCUUGGUGCAUCCCUGCUGACCCAGGCGAGUACCCUCAUGUCUGUGCAGCCUGAGGCUGAGCCCCAGGGCCAGGCUGCCCCCAGCAAAGGGCCACCUAAGAUCGUCUUCAGUGAUGCCAGCAAGGAAGCUGGCCCGAGACCCCCAGGCUCAGGGCCUGGGCCUGGGCCGGCACCUGGAGCCAAAACCGAGCCUGGAGCUAGAACAGGUCCUGGACUGGGACCUGGAGCCCCGGCAAGAACUGGGGGAACCACCAGUCCAAAGCAUGGCAGAGCGGAACACCAGGCCGCCACCAAGGCCACUGCCAAGCCAAAGACCAUGCCGAAGGAAAGGGCCACCUGCCCACUGUGCCAAGCUGAGCUCAAUGUGGACAGCAAGGGUCCCGCCAACUACAACACCUGUACCACCUGCAAGCUCCAGGUGUGCAACCUGUGUGGCUUCAACCCCACGCCCCACCUGGUAGAGAAAACCGAGUGGCUCUGCCUGAACUGCCAAACUAAGCGGCUGCUAGAGGGAAGCCUGGGAGAGCCGACCCCCCUGCCGCUGCCCACCUCUCAACAGCCCCCUGCAGGGGCCCCUCUCCGGGCACCUGGAGCAGCCCCUCCGAAGCAGAAAGGGCCACAGGGGCCGGCCCAGCCAUCAGGCCCCCCGCCUGCCAAGGCCAGUCCCCUGCCCACCAAGGCCAGCCCCCAGGCUAAGCCCCUCAGGGCUUCUGAACCCAGCAGGACCCUGAGUGGUGCCCAGGAAAAGAAGACAGGAAUCCCAGCUAAAGCCGAGCCUGGGCCGAAACCACCUCCAGAGACUACCCUGCCCCCUGGGACUCCCAAAGGAAAGACAGGGCCCCGGAGGACUGAACCUGCCACCCCUGUCGUCAGGGCCGUUCCAGAAGCCCCCAGGGGUGGGGAGUCAGAGGAGCUGGUGGGCAAGCCGUACUCUCAGGACCCAUCCCGGAGCCCACAGAGCCUCAGCGACACAGGCUACUCCUCCGACGGCAUCUCCAGCUCCCAGAGCGAGAUCACAGGCGUCGUACAGCAGGAGGUGGAGCAGCUGGACAGCGCGGGGGUGACAGGGCCUCGCCCGCCCAGCCCCUCCGAGCUCCACAAGGUGGGGAGCAGCAUGAGACCUUCGCUGGAGGCCCAGGGCCCGGCCCCCAGGGGCGAGCCGAGCAAGCCGCCCAGGAGCCGUAGGGACGAGCAGAAGCGGAGGCCCCACUCCUUGUCCAUCAUGCCCGAGGCCUAUGACUCCGACGAGGAGCUGGAGGAUAUCCUGGAGGAAGAGGAAGACUCCCUGGAGUGGGGGCACCAGAGGGAGCAGCAGGACACAGCCGAGUCCUCAGACGACUUCGGCAGCCAGCUGAGACACGACUACGUGGAGGACAGCAGUGAGGGUGGCUUGUCCCCUCUCCCACCCCAGCCCCCAGCCCGGGCCGCAGAACUGACUGACGAGGAGUUCAUGCGACGGCAGAUACUGGAGAUGAGCGCCGAGGAAGACAACCUGGAAGAGGAGGACGCCACCGCCUCCGGCCACGGCCUGGCCAAACCUAGCGCCCAGAAGGGCGGCCCCAGGCCCCGGCCUGAGCCCAGCCAAGACCCAGCGGCUCCGCCGAAGAGACGUCUGCCGCACAAUGCCACCACGGGCUACGAGGAGCUGCUCCCUGAGGGAGGCCCAGCCGAGGCCGGCGACAGCACUGGGGCCCUGCAGGGGGGGCUGCGCCGCUUCAAGACCAUUGAGCUCAACAGCACGGGCAGCUAUGGCCACGAGCUGGACCUGGGCCAAGGCCCUGACCCCAGCCUGGAGCGGGAGCCCGAGCUGGAGAUGGAGAGCCUGACGGGCUCGCCUGAGGACCGCUCCCGCGGGGAGCACUCCUCCACGCUGCCGGCCUCCACGCCCAGCUACACUUCCGGCACCUCUCCCACCUCCCUGUCCUCACUGGAGGAGGACAGCGACAGCAGCCCCAGCCGACGGCAGCGGCUGGAAGAAGCAAAGCAGCAGCGCAAGGCCCGGCACCGCUCCCACGGGCCCCUGCUGCCCACCAUCGAGGACUCCUCGGAGGAGGAGGAGCUGCGGGAGGAGGAGGAGCUGCUGCGGGAGCAGGAGAAGAUGCGGGAGGUAGAGCAGCAACGCAUCCGCAGCACUGCCCGCAAGACGCGGCGAGACAAGGAAGAGCUGCGGGCCCAGCGGCGGCGUGAGCGCUCCAAGACUCCCCCGAGCAACCUGUCACCCAUCGAGGAUGCCUCCCCAACGGAGGAGCUGAGGCAGGCGGCCGAGAUGGAGGAGCUCCAUCGCUCCUCCUGCUCCGAGUACUCGCCCUCCCCUUCCCUCGACUCAGAGGCUGAAGCCCUGGACGGUGGCCCCAGCCGGCUCUACAAGUCGGGCAGUGAGUACAACCUGCCCACCUUCAUGUCCCUCUACUCGCCAACUGAGACGCCCUCGGGCAGCGCGGCCACUCCCGGCGCGGGCCGGCCCCUCAAAAGCGCGGAAGAGGCCUAUGAGGAGAUGAUGCGCAAGGCCGAGCUGCUCCAGCGGCAGCAGGGGCAGGUGGCAGGCGGCCCCUCUCAGCCCACCGGCCCCCGGAGCCAGGGCGCCUUUGAGUACCAGGACACCCCCGACCAAGACUAUGGCCGGGCUGCGCAGCCUGCCCCCGAGGGCACACCGGCCAGCCUGGGGGCCGCCGUGUACGAGGAGAUCCUUCAGACGUCACAGAGCAUUGCCCGCAUGCGGCAGGCCUCCUCCCGGGACCUGGCCUUUGCCGAGGACAAGAAGAAGGAGAAGCAGUUUCUGAAUGCCGACAGUGCGUACAUGGACCCAAUGAAGCAGAAUGGCGGCCCACUCACGCCUGGCACCAGUCCCACCCAGCUCGCUGCCCCCGUGUCCUUCUCCACCUCCACCUCCUCAGACAGUAGUGGUGGCCGAGUCAUUCCUGAUGUCCGCGUUACUCAGCAUUUUGCAAAGGAGCCUCAGGACCCUCUCAAGCUUCACAGCUCCCCUGCAUCCCCCAGCUCUGCCUCCAAGGAGGUAGGCGUAUCUUUCUCCCAGGGCCCUGGCACCCCGGGCACCACAGCCGUGGCUCCUUGUCCCGCCAGCCUGUCACGAGGUUACGUGACUCCCACCUCCCCAGCAGGCUCUGAGCGCAGCCCUUCACCAUCUUCUGUAGGCCGUAGCUACGGACAGAGCCCAGCCACUGCAAACUAUGGGUCCCAAACUGAGGAGCUACCCGCGGCCCUCAGCGGCCCCACUGCCAGUGGACGGGUUGCCAGAGACAAGCCCCUGAGUGUGAGUGACGGGGAGAGCGGCCCCCACAAGGCCUCCCGGGGCUAUGCCUACUUCACGGGCUCCAGCCCACCUCUCUCUCCAUCUUCUCCCUCAGAGAGUCCCACGUUCUCCCCUGGCAAGCUGGGCCCAAGGGCCACAGCCGAGUUCUCUACACAGACGCCAAGCCCGACCCCGGCCUUGGACAUGCCUCGGAGCCCUGGUGCUCUGAUCCCAGCACCCAUGGUGGCUCAGGGGACACAAACGCCACACCGACCCAGCACACCUCGCCUGGUGUGGCAGCAGUCCUCUCGGGAGGCCCCCUUUAUGGUCAUCACUUUAGCAUCAGACGCCUCCGGCCAGACCAGAAUGGUACACGCUAGUGCCUCCACCUCCCCAGUGUGUUCACCCACCACCCACAGCUACAGCCAGACGACACCUCCCAGUGCGUCCCAGCUGCCCCCAGAGCCGCCCGGGCCACCUGGCUUCCCACGGGCACCCAGCGCUGGUGCGGACGGGCCCUUGGCAGUAUAUGGCUGGGGCGCCCUCCCUGCUGAGAACAUCUCCCUGUGCCGGAUCUCCUCUGUCCCUGGAACGUCUAGGGUGGAGCCAGGCCCCAGACCUCCGGGCAGUGCCGUGGUAGACCUUCGCACAGCUGUCAAGCCCACACCCAUCAUCCUUACUGACCAGGGCAUGGACCUGACCUCUCUUGCCGUGGAAGCAAGGAAGUAUGGCCUUGCCCUGGAUCCAAUCCCAGGACGGCAGUCGACUGCUGUGCAGCCUUUGGUCAUCAACCUCAACGCCCAGGAGCAGACCCAUGCCUUCCUCAGCACCUCCACCACCAUGAGCAUCACCAUGGCCUCAUCUGUGCUCAUGGCUCAGCAAAAGCAGCCUGUGGUCUAUGGAGACCCCUUCCAGAGCCGGCUUGACUUUGGCCAGGGUGCGGGUAGCCCCGUGUGUCUGGCCCAGGUCAAGCAGGUAGAGCAGGCUGUCCAGACAGCCCCGUACCGAGGUGGGCCCCGUGGAAGACCUAGGGAGCCCAAGUUUGCCAGGUAUAACCUGCCCAACCAGGUAGCCCCUCUAGCCAGAAGGGAUGUUUUAAUCACUCAGAUGGGCACUGCCCAGAGUGUGGGCCUCAAAUCAGGUCCAGUGCCAGAGCCGGGCGCUGAACCCCACCGGACUGCCCCCGCAGAGCUGCGGUCACACGCUAUGCCCGGUGCCAGGAAGCCACACACAGUGGUGGUGCAGAUGGGAGAGGGCACGGCAGGCACUGUGACCACACUGCUCCCGGAGGAGCCCGCAGGUGCCCUGGACCUCACCGGGAUGAGGCCUGAGAGCCAGAUGGCGUGCUGUGACAUGGUCUACAAGUUGCCCUUUGGCAGUAGCUGCACGGGCACCUUCCACCCCACGCCCAGCGCACCUGAGAAGAGUGUGGCGGACAUUGCCCCACCCGGCCAAAGCGGCGGCCCCUUCUACAGUCCCCGGGACGCUGAGCCUCCUGAGCCCCCCAGCUACCGGGCGCAGGGGGUAGCGGGUCCUGGGCCCCACGAGGAGCAGAGGCCCUACCCACAGGGCCUCCACGGCAGGCUAUACUCCUCCAUGUCUGACACCAAUUUGGCUGAGGCUGGCCUCAACUACCAUGCGCACAGGAUUGGGCAGCUCUUCCAGGGCCCUGGACGAGACUCCGCUGUGGAUCUCAGCUCGCUGAAGCACUCCUACAGCCUGGGCUUCGUGGAUGGACGCUACCUUGGGCAGGGCUUGCAGUAUGGCUCAUACACAGACCUGCGUCAUCCCACGGACGUUUGGACUCACCCGCUUCCCAUGCGGCGCUACAGUUCAGUGUCAAACAUCUACUCAGACCACAGGUAUGGCCCGCGGGGAGAUGCCGCUGGCUUCCAGGAAGCCAGCCUGGCCCAGUACAGUGCCACCACCGCCCGUGAGAUCAGCCGCAUGUGUGCUGCCCUCAACUCCAUGGACCAGUAUGGAGGGCGGCAUGGAAGCGGUGGCGGUGGCCCUGACCUCAUGCAGUAUCAGCCUCAGCCCGGGCCUGGGCUCAGCGCCCCCCAGGGUCUGGCUCCCCUCAGACCCGGCCUCCUUGGCAACCCCACCUUCCCAGAGGGCCACCCAGGUCCUGGGAACCUGGCCCAGUACCGGCCUCCGGUCGGCCAGGGAACGGCAAUCAGACAGCUGCUGCCAUCCACAGCCACCGUGCGCGCCGCCGACGGCAUGAUCUACUCAACCAUCAACACUCCAAUUGCUGCCACACUGCCCAUAACCACCCAGCCCGCCUCGGUACUGCGGCCCAUGGUGCGCCGCGGCAUGUACAGGCCUUACGUGUCCGGCGGAGUCACAGCCGUGCCACUCACCAGCCUGACGCGCAUGCCCGUGAUUGCCCCCCGGAUACCUCUUGGGCCCACAGGGCUGUACCGAUAUCCUGCGCCAAGCAGAUUCCCCACUGCUUCCAGUGUUCCACCUGCUGAGGGUCCUGUCUACCUGGGUAAGCCCGCUGCUGCCAAGGCCCCGGGGGCUGGGGGCCCACCAAGGCCAGAGCUGCCUGCAGGGGCGGUUCGGGAAGAGCCUCUCUCCACAGCCACCCCUGCUGCCGCCAAGGAGGCCCUAGCAGCCCCAGCCCCAGCCCCAGCCCCAGCCCCAGCGCCGCUGGCUGGCCAGAAGCCUCCCGUAGAUGCUGCUCCCGGGGGCGGCAGCGGGGCCCUUGGCCGGCCCGGGCUGGAGAAGGAGGACGCCGCGCAGGAGGAGCGGCAGCGGAAGCAGCAGGAGCAGCUGCUGCAGCUGGAGCGGGAGCGGGUGGAGUUGGAGAAGCUGCGGCAGCUGCGGCUGCAGGAAGAGCUGGAGCGGGAGCGCGUGGAGCUGCAGCGGCACCGCGAGGAAGAGCAGCUGCUGGUGCAGCGGGAGCUGCAGGAGCUGCAGACCAUCAAGCACCACGUGCUGCAGCAGCAGCAGGAGGAACGGCAGGCUCAGUUCGCCCUGCAGCGCGAGCAGCUAGCACAGCAGCGCCUGCAGCUGGAGCAGAUCCAGCAGCUGCAGCAGCAGCUGCAGCAGCAGCUAGAGGAACAGAAGCAGCGGCAGAAGGCCCCCUUCCCCGUGGCCUGCGAGGCACCUGGCCGGGGGCCUCCCCCAGCUGCCCCGGAGCUGGCUCAGAACGGCCAGUACUGGCCCCCUCUGAGCCACACGGCCUUCAUCGCUGUGGCAGGGCCAGAGGGGCCUGGGCAGCCUCGGGAGCCCGGGCUGCAUCGGGGCCUCCCCAGCUCGGCCUCGGACAUGUCGCUGCAGACUGAGGAGCCGUGGGAGGCGGGCCGCAGCGGCAUCAAGAAGCGGCACUCCAUGCCUCGCCUGCGGGAUGCCUGCGAGCCGGAGUCGGGCCCCGAGCCCUGUGCGGUCCGGAGGAUCGCAGACAGCAGCGUGCAGACGGACGACGAGGAGGGCGAGGGCCGCUACCUCCUGACCCGGCGGCGCCGGGCGCGGCGGAGUGCCGACUGCAGCGUGCAGACUGACGACGAGGACAGUGCUGAGUGGGAGCAGCCUGUGCGCCGCCGCCGGUCCCGUCUGUCCCGCCACUCGGACUCCGGCUCCGACAGCAGGCACGAUGCUGCUGCCUCGUCAUCCCCUGCGGCUGCUGCCGCGAAGGCCAUGAGCAGCGUGGGCAUCCAGACCAUCACUGACUGCUCCGUGCAGACGGAGCCCGACCAGCUGCCCAGGGUCUCUCCGGCCAUCCACAUCACAGCCGCAACCGACCCCAAGGUGGAGAUUGUCCGGUACAUCUCGGCGCCAGAGAAGACUGGGCGUGGGGAGAGCCUGGCCUGCCAGACGGAGCCCGAGGGGCAGGCCCAGGGUGUGGCUGGGCCACAGCUGGUAGGGCCGACCGCCAUCGGCCCCUACCUGCCCGGCAUCCAGAUCGUCACCCCUGGGCCCCUGGGCAGAUUCGAAAAAAAGAAGCCGGAUCCCCUGGAGAUUGGAUACCAGGCCCAGCUGCCCCCGGAGUCCCUGUCCCAGCUUGUGAGCCGCCAGCCUCCCAAGUCCCCCCAGGUCCUCUACUCACCGGUCUCACCCCUGUCCCCACACCGGCUCCUGGACACCUCCUUUGCUUCUAGUGAGAGGCUGAACAAGGCUCACGUGAGUCCCCAGAAGCACUUCACGGCUGACAGCGCUCUCCGCCAGCAGACGCUGCCUCGCCCCAUGAAGACCCUGCAGCGGUCCUUGUCCGACCCUAAGCCCCUCAGCCCCACCGCCGAGGAGUCUGCCAAAGAGAGGUUCUCCCUCUACCAGCACCAGGGGGGACUGGGUAGCCAGGUAUGGGCACAGGGGCUGGUCCAGGGUGGGACAGGGGUCUCUGUCUAGCCUGGGGGCCCCACAGGGUGGGGUAUCUCCUGGGGGGGCGGUGGUGGAGUCACCUCCAGCUCCAGAGGCUCAGAGGAAGGAGUUGAGGAUGAGGGCUGGACCUUCCUUCCGUGGAGCCUGCAGCCUGGCAAGGACAUCUGGGCAAAUACACACUCGCACGCUGGCCCCCACAGCCACCCAUCCACACACCACUGGAAACUUCAGCCUUCCCUCAGCACUGCCUCUUCACGGCCCAUACCUGCUCCAGCCCUUACCACAUCCCCACCCCAGACCGGGCCCCUCCCAUUCCAAACCUCUACUGUGGAUGUUGCCUUAGAAAAUCAGCAACACGGACCCAGCUGGACCGCUCCCUACUCCCCAGCCCUGGCCCAGCUGCCAUGGCCCCACAGAAAGCCCAAACCUCUGGGCCUAGCAUUCAAGGUCCAUCCCAAUAGGCUGCAGCGUGCUCUUGGUCUUAUCUUGUCCCCUGCCCUUCUCUGGCCCUCAAUAAAUCACUUACACUCCUGUUUGCUCCCCUAGGCAGGGAACCCUGCAGCAUAAGCCUACCCUUGCCUGUGGCUUUAGUUGCCAAACGGUGCCCUGGGACUGGGCGAGGUGGCCUGCUGUGGGCUGCUGUGCAGGGGGAGAUGGGAGUUGCAAGGGCCCAAUGCCAAGGAUUUUGAGUGCCAGGCUGAGGAGUGUGGGCUUUUCUCAUAGGCCCUUGGAGCCUCUGGAGGUUUUAGGCAGGUGAGAUAGGGCAAGGUGGGUGUUUUUGUUUUUUUUUAAGAUUUUAUCUAUUUGAGAG